UGCCUGAAGGGGGGAAUGGCACUGCCUGCGUUUGCAGCCCGGGCGCUCGGGCCGCCACUGCAACCGGAGCAAAGAGCGCCCGCCUGCACCACCUGUCCCCGCCGGCAUUCCAGAGUAGAGGCAGAAUUGGCAGUCAGCCGGCCGGGGUCGGUCGCUGCCUCAGUCCGCGCCGGCCCUCCUAGGGGUGUGUCUCUCGGAUUCAACUCCCCGCCGCUCCAGGACGAGCCCCCAAAGGCAUUUUCUUCCUUGGCGGGAGCCUUGCGCGCCCCGCUCUUCGCGCUGCUGCCUCGAGGCCGCCGCAGGCGGAUGCACGACCUCAGGCGACGCUGGGACCUGGGCUCCCUCUGCCGGGCCCUGCUCACUCGGGGCCUGGCAGCCGUGGGCCACUCGCUCAAGCACGUGCUCAGUGCGAUCUUCUCCAAGAUUUUCGGUCCCUUGGCCAGCGUCGGGAACAUGGAUGAGAAAUCCAACAAGCUGCUGCUGGCUUUGGUGAUGCUCUUCCUAUUUGCGGUGAUCGUCCUCCAAUACGUGUGCCCCGGCACAGAAUGCCAGCUCCUCCGCCUGCAGGCGUUCAGCUCCCCGGUGCCAGAUCCGUACCGCUCGGAGGAUGAGAGCUCCGCCAGGUUUGUACCCCGCUACAAUUUCACCCGUGGCGAUCUCCUGCGCAAGGUAGACUUCGACAUCAAGGGCGAUGACCUGAUUGUAUUCCUGCACAUCCAGAAGACUGGGGGCACCACUUUUGGCCGUCACCUGGUGCGCAACAUCCAGCUGGAGCAGCCAUGUGAGUGCCGCGUGGGGCAGAAGAAAUGCACUUGCCACCGGCCGGGUAAGAGGGAGACUUGGCUCUUCUCCAGAUUCUCCACCGGCUGGAGCUGCGGGCUGCACGCCGACUGGACGGAGCUCACCAGCUGUGUGCCUGCAGUGGUGGAUGGCAAGCGCGACGCCAGGCUGAGACCUUCCAGGUGGAGAAUUUUUCAGAUUCUAGAUGCAACAAGUAAGGAUAGAUGGGGUUCUUCAAACUUCAACUCUCCAUCAUCUACAAAGACCCGGAGCACAUCUAAGAGUGGGAAGAACUUCCACUACAUCACCAUCCUCAGAGACCCAGUGUCCCGGUACUUGAGCGAAUGGAGGCAUGUCCAGAGAGGGGCGACUUGGAAAGCAUCCCUGCACGUCUGUGAUGGAAGGCCCCCAACCUCCGAAGAACUGCCCAGCUGCUACACUGGUGAUGACUGGUCUGGCUGCCCUCUCAAAGAGUUCAUGGACUGCCCCUAUAAUCUCGCCAACAACCGCCAAGUACGCAUGCUGUCUGACUUGACUCUAGUGGGAUGCUACAAUCUCUCUGUCAUGCCAGAAAAGCAAAGAAACAAGGUCCUCCUGGAAAGCGCUAAAUCCAACCUGAAGCAUAUGGCGUUCUUUGGCCUCACUGAGUUUCAGCGCAAGACGCAGUACCUGUUUGAGAAGACCUUCAACAUGAACUUUAUUUCGCCGUUUACCCAAUAUAAUACCACGAGAGCCUCUAGCGUAGAGAUCAAUGAGGAAAUCCAAAAGCGUAUUGAGGGACUGAAUUUUCUGGAUAUGGAGUUGUACAGCUAUGCGAAAGACCUCUUUCUGCAAAGGUAUCAGUUCAUGAGGCAGAAAGAGCAUCAGGAUGCCAGGCGGAAGCGUCAGGAGCAACGCAAGUUUCUGAAGGGAAGGUUCCUUCAGACCCAUUUCCAGAGUCAGAGUCAGGGCCAGAGCCAGAGUCCAGGUCAGAAUCUGAGUCAGAAUCCUAAUUCCAACGCAAAUCAGAACCUGACUCAGAAUCUGAGUCAGAAUCUGACUCAGAGUUCAAAUCCCAAUUUGAGCCAGAAGGAGAACCGGGGAAGUCAGAAGCAGGGCUCGGGCCAGGAUAGCAGCAUCAGCAAUGGCACCAAUGACUACAUAGGCAGUGUAGAGACAUGGCGCUAACUGGCUCUGAAAGGCUUGUGCACACUGCUUCCCAAAGCACCACCAAAAAGAUGGCGUGUAUGUUACAAGAUGAAAAUGUCCAAACACAUCCUGCUUCCUUCAUUUUGGAAGUUCAAAACAAGUGUAGAUGUUGCCUUUACAGUUGCCUUUUGAUUCAGUGUUACACUGUGUGUGGGUAAAACAAAUCUUGGUGUGUAAUUAAAUUGUCUUUUGGGGGAUGAACUAUUUCUGAAAUCCAAGAGCCAAACCAGACUCACCAGAAAUUGCAAUUUUGAUAUUUUAAGAAGUUCUUGAAUUAAGUAUGGAGACACAAAGAAAACAUGGAAUGUGGCCAUUUAAAUUUUAAGAAACAGACUUUAAAUGAUUCCGGAUACUCUCUUAAAACGCAGUCUUGAAAGCAAACCCCCCACCCCCAGGGAAGCAUAAGUAAAAACAUAAACAGACUAAAAGACACUCAAAACCUUUCAUUUCCUUCUAUAUUUUAACAAGGAGUCUAUUUAAACAGAAAAACAACUGAUGAUAAAUUUUGCCAAACUCUGGAAAGUAAGCAGUUUCUCACUUACAUGUAGGUGGGUUCAUGUAAAAAUAAUGGCUUUUCAAAUAGAUCAGGAUUCAUGUCUUGUAAUUUAACAGAUGUUUAAAAUUUUCAAUUUUUCUACCUUCUGCUGAUUAAAAGGUUUAAAACAGGGUAUAUCUCAUAUUAACAAAGCAUUUUCUUUCCAAAUGGAAUACCAAUGGAAAGAUCCAGUUUCCAGAUGGUUUCAGGGCACUGUAAUUUCAACAAUUUCAAUCUUUUUGGCGCUGCUUCUCAUUCACUUCAAGGCUUCUCCGAGUUGUGCUCAUUCCAAGUGAAUCCAUGUAUAGAAUUUUUCUUCAUCAUCUAAACAGCGUGUUGCUGAAACUCUUGUGGUAUUUCAUCCUGGAUUAAAGUCAGGACUUUAUAUAGAAUUGUCUUAUCAAUGUCCGUGUAGUAAGGCCCUUAACAAGAACUCUCCAACAGGAUAACGUGUCUCUGAAUAUUGCUGAAGUUAUUAAUCUUGAUCAGAUUGAAUUGAACCUGGAUGUAAACUGUUAAUUAUUUUGUUUAUUGUAAUGUUUCCAGUUUGGCUGGCUAUUUCUGGCCCAUGGUUCCU